AGUCUUUUGGUUAAGGUCAUUUUGGUUUUCACUUUGAUUUUUUGAUUGUUUUGUUUUUCUCAAUUCUAGUUAAUUGAGUUAAUUUGGUUUAUUUGGAAUUUUUUUCUUGAGUAUCGUUGGUGUUUCUUCAUCAUGGGUGGACAUCGAGUUGCUGGAAAUCUUUACUACAUGAAGAAUAUUGUUUACUUCAAGUUAGCGAAUCUUGAGUUGAAUCCAUUCAAAGAUUUCUGGAGUAAAAGCUUUCGUCAUAUUAAAGGUGAUUUCUUGAGGUUUGGUGGUUUAGCUAUUACUGCUUACGUUACGGCUCACACGGUUAUUCACAUUGCCGAUGUGAUUAACGAAAGAGAAUCAAGAAAGAAACCUGGUCAAUUUGAUCAUGAAACCUAAUUAAUGAUUCACACAUCACAAUCAUCAUAUUAAUGAUUAAAUUAAUAAGAUAGAUCUACGAACAUUGUAGUUAAUCUUAUGCUUAUAUUGAUAGAAACACAGAAAUUUGUGAAAAAUAAUAUUAGAGAUAUAAAUUGUCAAUGAUUAUGAUGAUGUGAUAAAUAAAAUUUUAUUUCGUUUGUUGAUAA